AUGUAUCUGUCAAAAAUUAUGAUCUCCAACCAAAAGUUUCAAGGUUUCAUCUGGAUACUUCUUAGUAUCCCACAGGCAGUGAAACCUAAGCAGUAUAAAGUAAAGGAUAAACCAUUAACGUCAUAUAGAGUUGUCCUACAACAUCAAACCCACAAGAGAAUAGUGCUUAUAUUAGCUGCAAUACAGGAUACCAGAAGACACGCCAUGGACUCCAUUCAUUUCGCAAUCUCUCUAGAAAAUUUUAUCCAUAACUCACUCCACAAUGGUCAGAACCUUUGCACAUUGGAUCGUGACCACAGGGGUUGUGUAUCUUUCUUGAAUGGGUAUAAUAGUGUUAGAUAUUUAUGGGUAGUUUAG